CCAUGAUCAGCCGAAGAGCGCCAUAAGGGCGCUGUCAUUCGGCUCAAUAAAACCCUAUAGCGUUGCAAAAGCUUUCUGCAAAAUCGCACUUCAGACGAAAGAAGCCAGAGCUUCUUCUCAUCCCUGUGGAGACGACGUGUCGCUUGCUCAAACGUUGACAAUGGCUUCCGCCACCUGCUCGUUGCUGCUGAACUCUGCAGGCUUAGCAGCCUGCCCUUGCAAGACUUUCAAUGCUGCGGGCCGUGAUGAGGCGGCAGCCUUGCAUUCUGCUCGGAGUCUCUUUGCAGGAAGAGGUUCCGAGGCCAUUCGGAAGCAACCAUCUGGAUUUGUUUCAAAACCUGAGCGCCACACUGCUGCAGCAACAAGGUGUCAAGUCCCAGAUCCUGUUUCUGAUGAAGGGCGUGUCAGUCGAAGAGCCGCUUGUCUGGGGGUUUUAGGAGCAGCGCUGGCAUCGUCGGUGCAAAAAACUGGGGAAGCAAAUGCAAGGGAGUUGGAGGUUGGCGCUCUCUACCCUGCCGCCCCAGACCCGUCGUAUGUGAUCUUCAAGCCCACCCCCAAUCAGACGCCAGCCUUGAGGGCCGGGAAUCUGUCUCCCUACCAGUUCUGGAUCCCCCCAUCCUGGAAAGAAGCCAGGGUUGCAAACAUUCUUAGCGGGAACUACUGCCAACCAAAGUGUGCAGAGCCGUGGGUAGAGGCAAAGUUCGAGAGCCCGAAGCAGGGCGCAAUCCAGGUCAUCAUCAGCCCUCUUGUGAGGCUGACGAACGUGCCUGGCGCCAGCAUUGAGAGCAUCGGGUCUGCUGAUGACAUCAUCAACUCCCUUGGGCAGUUUGUCACUGGAAACUCGAUUGAGCCCGAGGAGAUUGUCGAAGUCAACAGCAAAAAGGACGGGAGCAGGACCUAUUACUCGUACACAGUGGACUCCCCUUAUGCAAAGAACGGCACCCACAACUUGGCUGUAGCGACGGCCAAGGACAACGCCGUCUAUCUCUUCGUCGUCAGCGCAAACGACAAGCAGUGGUCGACGAAUGAAAAAGUGUUGAGGACGAUCCAGCAGUCGUUCGUAGUGUAACAUAGCAAGGCGCGACUGCCCCUAAUCAAUCGAGUUGUUGAGCUUAACGAAAAAGCGUGCCUGUGAUAGUGGGUAUCCUGGAACAGUGGAUGAGGAUGUUGACGAGGAUGUUCGUUAGAAAGCACAGUUUUGUUCUUCGAGUAUGUUAAGUUUCGCUGUCUUCAAUUGACUGUUGUCAAAACUACUGACUCUGCGCACCAGCCUACAGCUGUUCAUGCUCAGAGCUCCCCCUGGUUUCGUUAAGUCAGUAUACUUCAACCUUGCUCGACGACGACGCUGUACCCCUUUGCUAGCCAGUGGAAUGAGGC